GCCUCAUGACCUGUUGUUUCAAAAGUCUUCUCGCUCGAAGCCUGUCAUCUUCACUUCCUUAAAAGUGCAAACCUGCCGCCCUCAUCAUCAUGAGGACCUGAUGAGAUACUUGAUGCUCCAUGAACCAUGACAAGGUUCACGAGGGCCCCUAUAUUCAAUAUUCGUAGAAGGAAAGAUGUACCCGGGACACAUCGCAUAAUACACGCGCUUGCAUCUUCCAUUCUCCACAUCCACAUACAUAUAGUAAGGAUAAUGCUUGGUAUCGGGGCGGAUGGGCACAUCAGGUAUACCCCAAGUCAUUGCUGGAAAGAUCCAGAUCUUCAUCAGAAUAGCCUGAGCGCCAUCCGUCAAAACCUUUUGCAUUCGAUUCAAUAAGUCGCCAUACUUGCCAUUCCUGACUGCCUCGAAGCCUCUUACUGUUUGAUAAAUAGCGUCGAAAACAUGCAGAAAUCGAGUGUUGUCUUCUUCGGACCUAGGCUAUACCUUAGACUGCUUCCAUGCUUUCAUAUCUGCCGAAUAAACUGUGACCCCCCGUCAAACCUACCGAUACACCCCAUCCAGCUACCUCAUGUCGCCGAUUUAUCCGUAUGGAGCUACAUGACAUGAGUUCAGCCUUAUAAAAUUGACCUGGAUUCCACAUCCCUUGUCGUCAACAUACACUAUCGCAUUUGCUGCAGCACCAUUUAUCCCAAGAAACAUCAACUUGGCGAUCGUCAGAACACUUAUAAUCAAAAUUUAUAUUGUCACCUAAAAUCAACUAUGCCUGACACGGCCGUUGUUUUGCCUGAAGUGUCGGCCUCCGCACUCACACCAAAAGCAGUAUAUAAUGGGGGCUACGCCAACGCUACCGAAAUCUGUGUGCGUGUUGCCAAUGGCGGGGCAGGGCAGGCAGGGCUUAUUGGUAAUUGGGCGGACGCUUACAUCCAGUAUCGCGUCUCCCAAGGGUCCCAACCAUUUUUGGUAGCUUGGUACCUCGGUGAUACGACGGAAAGCUUGGCAUUUCUCGCAGAAGGCGAGGUUGAUAUCGCCGUGACGUAUAACAAAGCUGCAGAGGAUCAGGCUAUGAGGAGCAAGUCAGCUAUCAGGAGGGAGUAUGCAUUUCGGGACCAUUUUCUAUUGGCUGGUCCGACAUCAGACCCAGCAGGUCUGGAUAACAUUACGGACAAUGAGGACCGUGUACUUCUGAUGUUCAACCAGAUUGUAUCAAUGGGAAAUAAGGAUAUCCUCACACCUCCAACAGAUCGCUCUGCUGUGAGGUUCCUCUCGCGAUAUGAUAAGAGCGCGACCAAUAUCAAGGAAAGCCAGAUCUUUUGUGAGAUUGGCCAGGUUCCCUGGGCUUAUGCAUAUUCCAAAUGGUAUCACCAAUACCCACGCUUUCCUCUCGAAGCCCUUAGUGCAGCUUCCCUCCUCGCCGAAUACACGCUCUCUGAUCAUGGCAUCUGGCUUUCUUCGCCUGCCAAUGUCAAAUCCAACAUGAAGAUCUACGCUAUAGGGUUGGACUCGGACUCAGAUGCGGACGAGACGAACCCAGAUAUACUUCUUAAUCCUGCUCACAUUCUUCUUGGUGCACGUGCGGACGAGAAGUUCAAGGAGGAGUGCCAACACUUUAUGGACUGGGUGGUCUCGCCUGAUGGAGGACAGAAGGUUAUCAGGGAGUUUAAAAAGGAAGGGGAAGUUUUGUAUUCGGAGGCACCAAAGGCUGCCCAGAGAAAAAUUCAACAGCGUCAGAAGUAAAAUGCUUUGCGAGGAUUGGGUAAAGAGUUUCAGAGCACGUUCUAGCUCUAUGUGUAUUCUCUGACAUGUAUUUGUAACUUGAUGAAAGAAAGCUCUUCAACUGACGUGUGUACGAGGUAUCUCUAGUAUAUAAAGGAUGUUUCGCCAGUAUUUGAUCACAUCAUGUUUUAUACGCAAGUCAAUACUACAUUGGCAU